AUGGGGUCUGAUCCGCAGUUCAUCAAGUAUCCCGACCUCGUCCUCGCCCAACAUGUCUUCAACCUCUCCAACCCUGCAUGCAACCCAUCCACCCGUCAGGCCUCAUUGAAGAAGCUGCAAGAUGCGAUCAACGAGCGUAAAAUGGCCCCCUUUUACCGCCACCUGGCCCAUCCCGUCGAAGGCAUUCUGAACAACUCCGGCGAGGGCGUGACGCAACACCCGCACCCUCACAUUGCAGGGACUUCGAAGCCGCUCAUCACCUCAAACAUGCUCGCCACACGAACGUCAUCCAAGAUUGAUUUCCCCUGGGAUGAGCAGCUCUAUCAGUCCUUAGUUGAGGAUAACAAGAAGGAGCUGGAGGGUAUCCAGAAGGAGGAAGAGGAGGCAGAGGAAGCCGCUGGUGAGACCGAAGUGCAGGCUGCACGGGGGAAACGGGCCGAGUUCUGGGCUCGCGUUGGAGAUAAGGACAAAGCUAUCGAGUCACACGAAGCCCUCCUCGAAAAGAUCGGUUUCCUCGGCACCAAGAUUGACCUUGUGCUCGCCAUGAUCCGCAUUGGUCUGUUCUUCGGUGACCGCGUGUUCGUCAAGAAGACUAUCGAGCGUGCAGAGGCUCUGGUGGAGAGCGGUGGAGAUUGGGAUCGGAGGAAUCGCCUCAAGGCCUACAAGGGCAUGCACCUUCUCACCUGCCGUUCAUACAGCCUCGCCGCCCCCCUCCUCCUCGACAGUCUGUCCACAUUUACCAGCUAUGAGCUCUGUAGCUACUCCUCGUUGGUCAUCUACUCCGUGCUAGCGGGAUCUUUAUCCCUCAAGCGGGUGGACUUUAAGGCGAAGGUGGUGGAUGCGCCCGAGAUCAAGGCCAUCCUGGGUGCUGGAGAGGAUCAGCUGGCCGCGCUGUCUGGCGAGGUUUCAUCUGGGUCCGGUGCUCGUGAUGAGGAGAUGAAGGAUGCAGCGGUAUCCAAGUCGACCCCGUCGGCCGGAGCCACCACCGUCGUUAACCUGACCACUCUAGUUACCGGCUCGAGUGAGCAGGCAGAGAACGAAGCCCCCGUGGACUUUUCUUCUCUGGCCAACUUGGUCAACAGCCUGUAUAAUGGUAACUACCGCUCGUUCUUCGUGGCCCUUGCGGCUGUGGAGGACCACUUCCUGACCCAGGACCGGUACCUGCAUGAGCACCGGGCCUGGUUCGUCCGGGAGAUGCGCCUACGCGCCUACCAGCAGCUGCUUCAGAGUUACCGAGUAGUGGGCCUGACCAGCAUGGCGAAUGACUUUGGAGUGACGGUGGAUUAUUUGGACCGGGACUUGGCGAAAUUCAUCUCCAGCAACCGGAUUGCCUGCACGAUCGACCGGGUCAACGGGAUUAUCGAGACCAACCGGCCCGAUGAUAAGAACAAGCAGUACUCGGAUGUGGUUAAGCACGGCGAUGCCCUGAUCACGAAGCUGCAGAAGUAUGGACAGGCGGUCCGUCUGCGAGGCAGUGAGCGCAGUUAG